GUGGCGCCCUGGCUCCUACAAGCUCGCCUGCAGCCCAGGACCUGCCCCCCUCGGCCACGCUGCGCACCCAGUCGGACCUCGACUCAGCCUUGGGCGCCUGGCAGCGCCAGAUGCGUGACACAGUAGGUGAAAGCAAGGACGGCAGGGUCGGCGUCGAGGCGACGUUCCUUGCGGGUUCCUGCUCCUCCAAAGAAGACCUCCACCGGCUCGUUAGAAACAUCGGCGUCACCAUCGCCCAUGGCGACACCCGCGCGCGGAGCCCCGCGACACCGCGCCCGCCGCCGCCGCUCGCAUUGGUGACUGGCGACUUUAACCAGCCAGCUUUGGAGGUAACGUUCCGGGUGAGCCCCUUAGCCAAGUUGACCAUCCAGCUUGAGAACAGAAGGAAGGGCCUUGUGAAGGUCAAAGGAAAACAAUCUGUCUUGGAAGCGAACGUGGAGGAGCUGCUCAUGUAUUUCGGGCUGGCGGCGGGGAUCAAAGCCGCCACGCCCCCUGCGCAGCGCGCUGACGACGCUCAGCCGGGCGCGCGCCUGUCGGCCAGGGAGCGCCUCGCGAGCGCCACAAG